AUGUCGUUUUUUUAUUAUGAUGAUCAAAUUGGAGGUCGUAAAGUUACUGAUUUGGAAAUGGAAGAUGCUCGACAGUGGAGAGCUUUUGGUAUGGCAGAUGAGUUGAGAAUAGUUGGUUCCCAUUACACUUGGUCAAAUAAGCAAGAGGAUGGGGCUAGAAUCAUCUCCAAAUUGGACUGGGUUUUCAAAAAUGAAGCUUGGGUUGAACUUUUCCCUAAUACUGACGCCUUAACUAAUCGGGAUGUCCUCUCAGAUCAUUGCUACUGCAUUAUAAAAUCCCUGAAUGUUAAUGUAUCAGGAGUUAAACCUUUUAGAUUUUAUAACAUGUGGGCAGAGCAUUCUGAGUUCAGAGAUACAGUGCUGAAGGAUUGGUCCAAGCCGAUUCAAGCUUCUGGUUUAGUGCGAGUGAUGAGGAAAUUGGAUAGACUCAAACAUGUUCUUCAUAAAUUUAAUAAAGUGGAGGUUGGUGAUGUCCAACACAUGUACUCUUUAGCUAAAGAUAAUUACCAACAAGCUCAGCUUCGUCUUCAACAGAAUCUUCAUCUAGCUGAGUUCCAACAUGUUGUAAAAGCUGCUUGUCUGGAAUUUGCUUUUCAAUCCAAGAUUUAUGAAAGCUUUCUAAGGCAAAGGAGUAAGAUAACUUGGCUUCGAUUUGGAGAUGAAAACACAUCCUACUUUCACGCCAGUCUAAAGAAGAGGAAAGUUGAAAAUAGAAUUACUUCAUUCAUGGAUGAUCAAGUUCAGCUCAUUGAUAAUUAUGAAGAUGUCGUUGCUCAUUUUAUCAAUCAUUUUAAAAGAUUAAUGGGAAAUCCUAGCUUGGCCUCUACUCAAGUCUAG